GGCGCGUCUCGCUGUUGAGCUUUAAACCCCAACCUAGAUGAACUAGUGUGCACAACUUCAAUUUACUCGAGCGAUCAAUACAAAAAUGAUAUUUAAGAGUCGAUUAAACUACUCGGCAAACUAUUAAUAUUGAACCUCGAAAAAAAAAACGACGAAAUCUUGCGACCGAUGCGCCGUGGCCGCCCGUAAGGAGGCGAGAUGGCGGAAUCGCAGGGUGUUGGAGAGGAGCCUCGGACCGGCGAGGGGACCGAGUCUCUACGGAACUGGCAGGACUUCAUAGAACGGUGUCUGAUAACGCGCCUCGACAACGAGACAUUUGAGAGAUUCGCUCCGAUACACCAUGCCAAGUACCCGUUGUCACCUCGCGUCCUCGCCGAGCUCUUCCUGCGACCGCAGAAGAACAACCACGAUGUUCUCGAUCCCCGAAUCCCGCAAUACAUGCAAAUACUCCUCGCGCACCACUACAUCGAUGCGCUAUCCAUUCUGCUGGCCAUGUACAAAUACUCAACAUCGCACAAGCAGAUCCAAGACGUCACUGGAGCCGGCGAAAACGACCAGUCGGGCGAACAGCAGCAGCAGCCCCUGAGAUGGGGCAACUCGUACGCCACCGAGGAGCACAUAUUCUACCGCCUCACGCGGUCCGUGUCGCACGGCACCGGCAUCCACGACUCGUGGGACGCGCUGCGUAUCGCGAGGAUCAUGGCCAAGUGGAUGGAGCUCUUCACGGCGACGGCGGGCGCCUUUGCGGCCGACAUGGUCAACCAGCAGAUGCAGACGGCCGAGGAGCGAGACCGCGUGGAGAGGGAGCGCAGGAAGCAGCUGCCCCGCGUCGACGAGAUGGAGUCGGCGCGCGCAGGCUUCGUCAUGCUGCUCCUGGGGGUGUGCGAGAGCAAGCCCGUCCUCGGCGCGCUGGGGAAGCCGUACGCAAAGACGGCCCGCAAGGAGCUGUCGGACGCGCUGGGCAACUUUGUCCCAACGAUCAUGCAGAGCGCCGAGCAGAUCUCGCAGCGGCUUGUGCAGUUCCGCACCGAGACCCUGGCUGGGUUCGAGCCUGUUGACAAGGCCAAGGCGGCUGCCAACGCUGAUAUGGAUGAUUUCCUCGACUCGACUAUGGGUCUUGACAGCUUGGUAGUUCCAGAGAUACCAAUCAGCAACACGCGGGCCGGCUUGUAUAUUUAUCUGAACUCGCUUCUGGUUGGACGUCCACUAAUGGAUGAUGCGGCCAUAUUCAACUACUUGCAUAACCGCUAUCAGGGCGACUUGCAGCAAACUGCAGUAGACCUCAUCCUGGUUUCUUUUGAUGUCGUUGCAAAUGCAGCUUCCGUCAUACAAUCUCCCAAGGCCGCGCACGUAUUAAGAUCAUAUCUCACAAACAAGGUCCCUCUUCUACUGGCCUCUUUGGCUGCCUCGGGGUCGGGGCUUUACCCUUUCAAUGCGGCAGCUUGCGUGGAGCAUGCAACGCGCCAAGUCAGCUCGGCUACGUUUCCAAACAUGUCUGACUACAUCUCGAGUCGCAGCGGCAACACGCUCACCGAGGGAACUCGCGAGGACUUUUUAUUCGCCUGCUGCCUCCACGGACUUAUCCCAGAGACUCAGAUUGAGCCGAUUCUCAACGAGACGUGCUACAACUCGCUGCCGACCGAGGGUCGUCUUGUAAAAGAAGCCUUGGUGCAAGAGUGUCUUGCCGAUCCGGAAAGAACAGUGCAGCUGGUGAAAGACAUCGAAAAGUGCAACGGAAACGUGGGUGCUAUCUGUGUAGCACUGACCGAGGUUCUUGGACAACUUUGUACAAUGAGAGAAACAAUGACACUCAAGACACUGUGCGGCCAGUUGGCGCGCGACCCAAUGUAUCUUGAUGUGUUGCUUUUGUUCAACAAGCUAUCAGCGAUUGUAUAUCCACUUUGCGACCUAUUAGACAAUUGGAAGCAUGACGAAGACCAGGGCGAGGCGCAGCCAUUUUAUGAAGAGUUUGGCUCGAUGUUGCUCCUGCUUCUUGCGCUGGUCAACCGCUACAACCUUACUGCUGCGGAUAUGGGCGCUCGAUCGCCCGACUCGUUCGUCGCCAAACUCAUUGGAAAGGGUCGACUCUUUCGACCGCUCGAUGAGCUUUCCCCGGAGGAGAAUGGACAUCUUGACAAAUGGAUCCACGGUCUCUUUGACAGUGACGCCGGUGGCCUCGGCGAUGAGCUCAUGUCAUCCUGUCCACCACAGGAGUUCUAUCUCUUGAUCCCAACGCUGUUUUACAACAUCGUGCUUGCGGUCAGCACGGGGUCGCUUUCUGAGGAUAGUCUCAGAUGCGGUGUUGAAUAUCUUGUUGAUACAUUUCUACUCCCAUCCCUCGUGCCAGCCGUGACAUACUUGUCAAAUCACCUGUGGCUUGAUAAUCACCCGCCUGAACAAAAAGCAAUUCUCAAAAUACUUCAGCUCAUCCUUCAACCCAGCUCAAUAUCAUCCGAGGCAUCCUCAGUACUUUCUUCUGUUUUGAGUAUAGUAGCAAAACCGCUUGAUCAAGCGCUGCGUGCCUACCAACGCCGAGACCCUCGCAAUCAGGAGAUUGAGCCGCUACUCCGCAUCCUUAAGGAGCAUGUACCCCUAUCUCGCCGAACCGGUGCUGCCGAGAACAGCGAGCUGGAGGCAUGGAGUAGCACUCCAAACGGCGGUCUCUCCCAGGCCGUUCGCAGCACCAUCAGAGGCUUCAUCGCCUGGGGUCUGCAGCCAGCAGGGACGGAAUCUACGCCCACUGCUUACACGCACCGUCAGCUGUUGGCCGCCACUCGCAUCCUGGGCGCAAAACAAACCGUCCGCCUCAUUCUUGACGAAUUGAAGGAGCAGGUCCAGGCCGGCAACCAGAGCGUCGCGUACGACGUCUGCUGCGCUAUAAUCUGCGCUCCCAACGUGGCAACCGACGAUGUCGACCCGUCAUCGCAGGUGAAUCUGCUCGACGCCACCGCGCAGGCACACGGCCCGCAGCAGCGUCCCAUGUCGCUGCGGCAGGCGCUCAGAGCCGCCGCCGAGGACUGGAAGAGGAUCCACAAGGACGACCCAGUUGCUUUCGAGAUUGUCGUCCGUCUGCACCGCCGCGUCGAGGCCCAGCUGGCUGUUUCCGUGUCGGCAGCAGCUGCUGCAGCGGCCGAGGCAGUGCUACAGGGCGACGGCGGAAACAUGCUAGAUGAUGCAAUGGCUGCGGCGGGCGUCGUCGAUGGAGAUGCUGCCGCGGCCAUGGCCCUCGACGCGGCCACUGUCGGCCUCGACAUGGGUGGCGGUGGUGCGGGCGACCUUGGGCUGGGUGGCUCAACGGCAAACUCGGUCGGAGGUCUGGACCUCAACGACCAAGACGUCUUUGGGGGACUGGGGCCGCUGAACGGAUGGGACGAUAUGGACCUGGCCUAGUUGACCAGCUUGACAACUUGGCCGUCACAUUGAUGAUGUUUGACUGGGUUGGAUGGCCCAUGGAAACAAUAAUGAAAGAAGACAUGCGAAAAGACUGGAAGACCACAGGCAAGUCAGCGGUGUUGUUGUAUGCUGACUGCAUCUUGAGGUGACCCCUUAUAGUGUGGGGGGACCUUUCCAGCGAGAUUUGUGACACGUCUUUAUGCGCGACCAAGGUUUUAUCACAGCGGUCACCUUUAGGUAUAUCGAUACGGAGACGGAGUUAAGGAUAUGUAUACCCACCCUUGAGCUGAAACAGGAUUGCCACGAAAAUUAUUAAUAAAGCGUUUUCCAAGCCG